AUGCAUAUAUGUUUGAGUAGCGUCGACAGUGAAGAGAAGCUCUCCUUCAAGACGGCCAAUCGCGCCGUGCGAAGGCGUCAUUUUUCUAACGCUAUUGCUUUGUGCCGAGUGAAACCAACUCGUCAUCACCAACAGAAAGUGGCAGGAAACCGUCAGAACCGUACCCAGCGAACAGCAAAUGAGAUCCCUCACAUUGCUGAUCGUAGUCAUAGCAUGCGGAAUCUCCGUGCAGAGUCGAACAAAGCAGAACCUUCUAUAGCAAUCGUCGGCGCCGGCAUGAGCGGUUUGUCGGCAGCUCGACGAUUGAUUGAAACAGGACGAACUGACAUCGACAUUUACGAAGGAAUGGAUCGCAUUGGAGGACGUAUACAUCCCGUGCCAUACCGUGGUGGAUUCCUACAAAUGGGAGCAGAAUACAUAAACGGGGCGGACAAUCCAAUCUACAAAAUCGCAGAUAAACUGGGAGUCAUUGCCGACAUCAUUUCCGACACAGCACAACUGCAGAAUGCCGAAUACCUGAUUGGAAACCAACCAAUAGACAGCCUCUGGAUCCCAAAUAUCGUCAACUUGGCAAAGCAGCAUGAUUUGUUAUCGCGUGUCUACACGAUUAAAAGUAUAUUCAUGGAAGACUAUACAUUAUUUUUAAAGGUGAACAACAUCACUGGACUCAGACGAAAUGUUUUCGACGCUCUUACCCGCUCCUACAGGUCGUAUUGGGAAUUCGAAUGGGCAGCUGACUGGGCUGAUCUCAGCCCCCGAGUGCUGACCGAAUGGAACGAUAAAGGAACGGAAGGCGAAUCGUUUCACACGAACAAGAUUGGCUACAAAGCGAUACUUGAGCAUUUAAGAGCAGCUAUACCAGAAUACAUGUUCCACUUCAAUACCACUAUCCUGAACAUCAACCACUCAGCGUCUGGGGUUACCCUGACGACCUCCAAGGGGAAAAUCUCGAAGAUGUACGAUUACGUGAUUGUCACAUCCUCAUUGGGACACCUCAAGAAGUACCACCACAAAUUGUUCACACCUCCACUUCCACGCCAAAAGAUCGAAGCAAUCGAGAAGAUUGGAUUCGGUGGGUCGUGCAAGAUGUUCUUCCGCUGGGAAAGGCCAUGGUGGUCAAAUGAAACCUGCCCGAUGAUCCCUCUUCCAGUCGAAGGAAUGGCUCGUGACGUCAUUGACCCGUUCGAACGGGAGCUAACUACACUUCAGGUACUGGAUUGGGAACCAAACACCUUGACUACCUGGAUAGCCGGAGCUGGUCAACGAGUGAUGGAUAACUUGAGUGACGAGGAGAUCAUUGCCAGAACUACAAAGCUCAUUCGUGAUUUGAAGAAUGACCCCUCUAUAGAAGCACCAAAGGAAAUUAUAAGAACGCGUUUGACAAAGAAUGAGCUACUACUGGGAUCGUAUUCGUACAUGAGCCAGGCUCAAGCUCGAGCCCGAAUUUCGCACUCUCGCCUCGCGAUUCCUGUGAAACACAACAAACACCCAAGAGUUUUAUUUGCAGGAGAAGCAACCCAUCACAGAUUGUUCCAAACAGCCAUCGGCGCUUACCUCAGCGGACGCCGUGAAGCUGAUCGCCUGAAUUCUGACUGGGAAUCAACUGUAAGCUCCCUAUUUGGAAGGACUGGCUUCCCUAACUAUGACGAAAAUUACACUCUGAGUGUGAAUAAGGUUCUCCACCGUCAGUCAAUAGAUUUUAUAUGCAGUCAAGCUAAACGAACCACUGCUGAUGGGACAGGCUAUCCAUAG